GUCUGACACGAGAGAGAGGAGCAGAGGGAGCGGAACAGCUGACCACCUCGCGCACAUUUGAAGCGCAAAGUGAUGGAACCCUCGGAGAUCUUUUUAUGCACCUUCCUCACCUCUCACUACUUAAGCACCAUCUUCUUCAUCGCGUGGCUUUUCGUGUACGGGGUACCCACAGAGCUCACCAACUAUGGAUUGUUUAUUUGUUGAAGUUGGGCCACCUGAUCCUCUUUGCGCCAGGACAACCGACCAAAAUUAGAGCAAGGGAAGUCGUUAUGGACAGUUGUGCAAAUGGUGCAUUUCCUGCUCAGAGACUUGGUGUCAAAAGCAGAAUUACAAUCUCAGGAUAUCACAUCUAUCUGCGCGUAAAGGACGCGGACAUCACGGCGCUCUUAAACGCAGCCUGAAAUACUCCGCGCUAUGUUUUAGCAGUUAUGGGAGAAAGCUGUAGUUAGGAUAGAGGGUGUGUUUAUGAUACUCUUUUGCCCCUGCCGGCUUUGAUGCGAGAGUGGCGGCCAGCUUUUAUUGCGCGCAUACCAAUUGUGCGCUGCUGCAGAUUAGCCGCUCCGUUACCACAGGCGAUCCACCGCAGCAGGACCUGCAAUCUUUGACAGGCAACAGGCCUCACCAACCACUGUGACAGGUACCACUAACAAUCCUUUUUCAACUCUUGGCAUUUGAACUUUCACCACAACCAAGAGAGUUUUUUAAAGCUGCAUCCAAGAGCACCUGUGAAGCAGGAGUAAGCCAUGGCUCUACCAGAUAGUGGCAUAUCUGGGGAGGAAGUACCCUUCCCAGAGAUUAUAGAGCUCAAUGUUGGUGGGCAGGUGUACAUAACCCGCUAUUCUACCCUCACAAGUGUGCCAGACUCCCUGCUAUGGGAGAUGUUCAGUCGGAAGUCAGCCAAAGGACUGGCCAGAGACACCAAGGGGCGCUUCUUUGUGGACCGUGAUGGUUUCCUGUUCCGUUACAUCCUGGACUACAUGCGGGACCAGCAGCUGGUUCUUCCAGAUCACUUCCCAGAGCGCGGGCGUCUGCAGAGGGAGGCCGAGUUCUUCAACCUGCCAGAGCUUGUGAAGCUGCUGGCGCCCAAAAUCAGCAAGCAGAACUCCCUAGGCGAUGAGGGAUGUCAGAGCGACCCAGAGGACACGUCUCCUGGGAUUGACACAGCCCGCAACCUCAGUUCCCUGGGUGCUGCUGCAGCUGCCUGUGCCAGCCUGGUGCCCGGUGCCAUGGAUGGCAAACGUUCGGGGUUCAUCACUAUUGGCUAUCGGGGCUCAUACACCCUGGGCCGUGACAGCCACACCGAUGCCAAAUUCCGCCGGGUGGCACGGAUCAUGGUGUGUGGGAAGACCUCUCUGGCCAAAGAGGUGUUUGGGGAGACGCUGAACGAGAGCCGUGACCCCGACCGCCCCCCUGAGCGCUACACAUCUCGCUACUAUCUCAAGUUCACCUUUCUGGAGCAGGCUUUUGACAAGCUGGCGGAUGCAGGCUUCCACAUGGUGGCCUGUAAUUCCACAGGAACCUGCGCCUUUGCCCACGAGCAGACGGACGACAAGAUCUGGACCAGCUACACUGAAUAUGUGUUCUACCGUGGUUUAUCAGUAAUUUCCAAGGCGACGACCUCUGACCCCCCAGCUCUCACUGAAGUGGUGAUGUCAUAUCCUGAUACUGCUCAUACUGAACCAGCCACAGCCGAGCCCAGCAUCACCGGCCGAACACAAAGCCUUCCGGAAACCAACAACAUCCCAACACUAGACAUUCGACACCCGCUGCCCAUAGACUCUCCUCCACCUCUAACACCUCCUCUUCCUCCCCCACCUCCUCCUGCUGCACUCAGCCCCGACCUCCCACCUCUGUCACCUUCAGUCCUGCCUCCACCUCUGCCAGCCAAACCUUUUUCUACCUCCAGUCCUUCUCCCUCGACACCACCUCCUGCUGAGAGCCCGCAGCGUCCCACCACCCUCAACCUAAAGACGCUGCCACGGCCUACCAUUAGGGAGAAUGGCGGCCCCCCGCCAGGGUUGAACGAGGAAGAGGAGGAGAAGAAGAUGCUGGAGGAGGAUCUGAAGAAAUGUAUUGAGGACUUCAAAAAGAUCCGCUUGCCCAGAGAGUUUCCGGAUCGCAAGCGGCACUGGCAAAAUGACUUGCUCAAGAAGUACAAUGCGUAGAGUGCUUCGCUGCGCUUAACAACUUAACAAGGAUUUUAUAACAAUGUUGUGGACAGUGGACUCCAGCUUUAUAUUCACAUUCCUCUGAGUCAGCAAGUUGACUUAAACCUCUAAUGUAGUAGCUUUUGCAUGUCAACAGAACUAAAUUGUUUGAUUAUGUGUAGCGCUUAGCUCGUCUAGCAAUCACACGAUUAAAACACUGAGAUUAAUCUUUUCCCAUCAUAGAAAACAACAUCCCUCUAGAGAUUGUUAGUGACACUUCUUUGUUCCAAACAUCUCUGUGGAGAAAUUAAAAGAAUAUUGAAAUCAUUUUAUUUUGACUCAGUCAAAGGAUAAUAUGUAAUGUUGUUAGUUGGAGCUUCCUGCCCUGCUCUCUGUACUGUAUCCACUGAUCAAGCAACUGGAAAAUGUAUGCUAAGUGUGACAUUCUGGGCAUUUUGACCUUGCUGAU